AGCCUUCUUUUUUUUUUAUUUUUAAAUCAAGAUUUGAUUUUUAGUUUUUUUUUUUUUUUUAAAGGCUUACUAUAUAAGGAAGUUAUAUUCGAUAUAAUCCAUGUUAUUUGCUAAUCUUGCUCCCAUUACUCGUACUCUUUCUUUAAUAUCCAGGAGAAGAAUUGCAUUGAAGUGCAGACAUUCAAAAAUGUGUCCUGAAAAUUUGAGUCUAAUUGAUAAAAGAAAGCGUGCAAGUUUUCGGCUUUGUAAUGUUUCAGGUUAUAAGACGGAUCUGCUGGAAAUUCAUGCCAAGGACCCGAAGUUUCAUGUCUUGUUUAUUCCUGGAAAUCCAGGUGUUGUUUCAUUUUACGUUGAUUUUCUGGAAUCACUCUAUGAUCUGCUGGAUGGAACUGCAUCUGUGACAGCAAUCUCGCAUGUUGGCCAUACGGAAAAGAAUUGGGAGCAUGGAAGGCUGUUCUCACUGCAAGAACAAACAGAUCACAAGAUGAACUUCAUAGAGCAUGAGCUUCAGGAUGCUGAAGUUCCUAUAGUACUGGUUGGUCAUUCUAUUGGCUCAUACAUAUCUCUGGACAUUGUUAAGAGACUUCAAGGAAAGGUGACAUACUGCAUUUUCUUGUAUCCAUUUAUAGCUGUAAACACCAAGUCUUCGACACAAGCUUUUAUUAAGAAGAUUUCAGCAUCUCGCACUUUAUGUACGGGCCUUAGUUCAAUUGUAGCAAUUCUGGGACUGUUACCAGCCUGGAUCUCCAGGAUUCUGGUGAAAAACUCUGUGGGAAAUUCCUGGUGCCCGUCUGCAGUUGAGGCUCUCUGUACACAUGUCCUCAAGUACCAUACCGUUCAGAACAUGCUAUACAUGGCAAUGACUGAAUUUGAAAAGCUUUAUGAGGAACCUGAUUGGUCAUUUAUGAGGGAAAAGAAAAGUCAGAUGGCAUUUUUGUUUGGCAGCGAUGAUCACUGGGGUCCCUUACAUUUGUAUGAAGAGAUCUCCAGUAAGGUACCAGGUGCUGUUGUAGCAUUAGAAGGAGGGGAUUAUACUCAUGCUUUUUCUUGCACAGAUGCUGGCUCAUUAUGGGUAGCUCAGCAUGUUUCUACCUUAAUCAAGAAUUACUUCUCAAAAAUAAAGUUCGAGUAGCCGUUAUUUUUUCUGGAUGUAUUUUUUAUUUACUUAAUUUGAAAAAUUAAAUCAGAAGCAUUGAGUACGCUUCAUUAUUGGCCUAAAGGUCAAAAAAGAUGUAUGACAACAUAAUCUUGGUGUAUUUUAUAGUCACAUAUUAGUUUCUGUU